UUUCUUUCACCCUUUCUCACCACAAAUCUAGCAUUAAGAAGAUCAUGAUCAUCAUGUGAGAGAAUCAUUGUGAAGAUGGCCAAUACGAGGUAAGAUAUGCAUAUUUUUUUAUUAGAUGUUUGAAAUGUUAUGAACUGUCAAACUGUUAGUAAAUAGUGAAUUUGUUUUUGUGUAUGUAGUGAUUUUAGACGUUUUGAACUAAUUGUUCGGUGAGGAUUGAAAAAAAUAGAGAACAAUAUGUGCAUCAAUUUUGUUGGUGACAGAAGCUUUCAGUUGACACUUUCUUGUCGGGUGACGUACGAUCAGAUUUAUGAGAAUAUAAUUUCAAGGAUACGACCUAAUGACGAUACACUACAAGCUAACGAUCGGAUCACAAGUUUCACUAUUGCAAAGCAUAUCAAUGGGACGACUGCUCGAACGUUAAUGACUGCUCGACCCUAUCUUUGUAUGCGGGCACUCUGUCCAAGUACGGGCACCACUACAUCCAAAUAGUGGUCACAUUUUAUUUGAUCUAAACCUAUGAAAUGAAAGAAUAUUCACAAUUUAAUGGAACAUACUAACCACGAUGGUUGACACCUCGUCAAAACAACUUGUAAUUGUGGAAAUGGUUGAAGUGCUUAUGGGUGUUGGUCGGAAGCCAUCUAGCACCACGUGGGUGAGCAUCAGUAGUGAUAGGAUGCCAAGACUCCGUAUCCACUGGUAUUAUCUGUGAAAAUCACUCCCAUACCCAAACUUGAAGUAGGUGACCCAUGCAGCAAGGUCACCUCCUAAAGAAGCAGAUUGUGUAAUCUGCAACACUAACCGACUCAACUCACGGUACAAGUAAGUUAAAACAAUUGCUCCCCAUGCGAACCAUCCUCUAGUCCAAUCAUCCAACAAAAGCAGGUGUAAACCAUGUUGCAUAAGAAGUUUUGAACCGAUCGGAUUUGGAUUGAUUGUCGUAGUUGGUCGUCUCAUUGAAUAAGUAUCCAUAAUCCUUGGAGUUGAAAAACAACAAAAAAAUAAUUUUAAUAAAAAAACAAUAACAAAACAGGCGCCACAGGUGAGCAAACACUUACGCAGGUGACAACCGCUACUGUCGCGCCCUCAUCCCCUUCCUCCUCGCUUGGCUUCCUCGUUGCCACUGGAAUCACGGUCAGAGUCUGACAUUGGUCGUCACCGCCUCUGCCGUUCGCCUCCUUUGUUGUCACCGUGCCGCCACCAAUUUUGUUGCCUUCAGAUCGUCGAGAGAAUAGGGAGGGAGAAGAAGUGGUGGUGGGUAGGGAGGAAAGAGGAAGAAGAGAAGAAGAAGAUAUGUGUGUUUUCCCGCGGGUUUUUACCUAAAUAUGUUCAGUUGGGAGGUUCCCGCUCGGGCUGAGCUAAAUCUUUUAGGUUUAGCUCAGCUCGCGCCAAAUGAAUAUAGUCCUUUUUGUUUCGCUCAACUCGUGCGGGAACCCGCCAACUGACCUAAAUCCCAUUGCUUUAGCUUAGCUCACGCAUUUGCACGCGUUUUCGUCUCCCAAACACAUAAAUUUGAAAAAAUAAUUUUUUGAGUACAAUAUUGAUGAUAAAAUUUUAAUUUUGCAAAACACCCAUUGGAAAUAUUACUGAAUUUUUUGUGAGGUGCACAUCGAUCCAUAACCAAAAAAACUGAAUCAUCCCGUGAAUGGCUUAAAAAGAACAUCAAUCAGGGAUUUGCUUUUUGGUUUCUACAGAUGUUGUAAAAAUCAAUAAAAUGAAGAACAUGAGACAAAGAUUUUACGUGGUUUCCACAUUCUAUAUGAACGGGACUAGUCCACGAAGAGUGUGAGCUCUUAGGUUUUCUUAUUGAUAGACUGAUGAUGAUGAUGAUGAUGAUGAUGAUAGGUUUCGCUACUGCCUUGAACCCUAAAUACACGAACCAUAUUGCCACAACAAGCAUCAAGAGUUAUGACAAAAUCCAGAAUGAACACGCUCACAGACGAAAUGACAAUCCAUCUCGACGUGCUUAGUGCGUCCAUGGAAGACAGGAUUGACAGCAAUUUGGAGUGUUGCCUGGUUAUCACAGUAAAUGGGCGUAGGACGAUGAUGAGAGACAUCCAAAUCAAGAAGAAGCCAGCGGAGCCAGAUAACUUCACUGACAGUAUUGGCCAUAGCCCGAUACUCUACUUCAGCGGAAAAAUGAGCCACGGCAGAUUGUUUCUUCGUGCGCCAAGAGAUGGGUGAAGAACCCAAAGUGAUGAAAUAUCCAGUGGUCGAACACCUAGUGGUCGGACAACCAGUCCAACCAACAUUGCAGUAUGUAGUGAGAGAGAGUUUGCCUGUUGUGGGAAGAAAAAGACCACGGCCAGGUGUCGACUUAAGAUAGCGAAUCACACUAGCAGCUGCAGCCUCGUGAGCCUAAGUAGGAGGGUGCACAGUCUGACUGGCAUGUUCACUGCGUAGGUGAUGUCAGGCCGAGUAAUAGUGAGAUAUAGCAGACGACCAACCAGACAUUGAAAGGCAGUAGGAUCUGAAGUUGGAGCCAAAUGAGCACGACCGAGAUGAUGUUGCUGAUCAAUAGGAGUGUAACUAGGACGACAUGCAGUAACCCUGCCUCAGACAAGAUAUCUAGUAAAUACUUGCGCUGAUUUAGAACUAGACACUUGGGAGAACGAGUCACUUCAAUGCCAAGAAAGUAUUUCAAGUCACCCAAGUCCUUGAUGGUGAAACGAUUAUGGAGAUGAGUCUUGUACUUUUGAAUGAAGGCCAUAUCAGUGC